CCUGUUCAUCUGUCGGAUUUUUUAUGCUUUAAUCACUUUAUUAAUGGACCAUCUUAAACACUCAAUUCAUUAACACAAAAACAGUAUUCAUCUCUUAUCAAACUCACAAUCAACGACUUCAGUUUCUUCAACUUGAUCUUAGUUUUAUCUCUACUGUUUCUCUUUCUCCAGCUUUCUUCCAAUAUUUUCCAUACAGCCCCUUUUUUUUCCAGCUCGGAGUAUACUAAAUAUCAAGACUUUUGAAAAUGGUUGAUGCCUUUGUGUCAUUUGCAGUUGAAAGCCUGGGGAAUUUCCUCAUACAGGAAGUUAACCUGCGUUUAAGUCUGAGAGAGGAAGUGCAGUGGCUUCGAAAUGAGCUUCUCUUCAUGCAGUCUUUCCUCAAAGAUGCAGAAGAAAAGCAAGUUGGAGAUCAUAGAGUUCAACAAUGGGUGUUUGAUAUCAACUCUGUUGCUAAUGAUGCUGUCGCUAUACUAGAGACUUACAGCUUUGAGGCUGGUAAACGCGAUGACGAUGGAUUUGCUAGUCGUCUCAAGGCUUGCACUUGCAUCUGUAGGAAGGAGGCCAAAUUCUACGAUGUCAGCAAGGAGAUCCAAUCCCUCAAGCAGCGAGUCAUGGAUAUCUCUCGCAAACGAGAGACUUAUGGUAUUAGAAAUAUCGAUAAUAUUGCAGGAGAAGGGCCAAGUAAUCGGCCAAACAAUCGGUCUGCCAUGGUUACAACACUGAGGAGAACUACCUCCUAUGUGGAUGAUCAAAAUCAGAUUUUUGUUGGCUUUCAGGAUGUUGUAGAAAGAUUGCUAGCCGAACUUCUCAAAGCAGAGCCUCACCGAAGCGCCAUCUCCAUUUAUGGUAUGGGCGGACUAGGCAAGACCACUCUUGCGAGAAACCUCUACAAUAGUCCUAAUAUAGUCUCUAGGUUCCCAACACGCGCUUGGAUUUGUGUUUCUCAAGAGUAUAACACCAUGGAUCUCCUAAAGAAUAUCAUCAAAUCCAUCAAAGGAUGUGACAGGGAAACUCUAGAUCUGUUGGAAAAGAUGACGGACGUGACAGAUCUAGAAAGACACCUUCGGAAUCUACUGAAAGAGAAAAAAUACCUUGUGGUGGUCGAUGAUGUAUGGCAUAGAGAAGCUUGGGAAAGUCUGAAAAGAGCAUUUCCGGAUAGCAAGAAUGGCAGCAGAGUUAUCAUUACCACGCGGAAGGAGGAUGUUGCCGAAAGAGCAGAUAACAAAGGUUUUGUCCAUAAACUCCGUUACCUUAAGCAAGAAGAGAGUUGGGACCUCUUUUGCAAGAAACUACUCGAUGUUCAGGUAAUGGUUCCAACAAUGGAAAGGCUAGCUAAGGAUAUGGUGGACAAGUGUGGAGGCUUACCUCUUGCGAUUGUUGUAUUAAGUGGACUCCUUUCGCAUAAAAGGGGGAUAGAACAAUGGCAAAAGGUGAAGGACCACCUUUGGCAGAAUAUUAAAGAUGACUCUGUUGAAAUCUCCUACAUACUAUCAUUGAGCUACAAUGAUUUGCCAACUGGGCUCAAGCAGUGUUUUCUUUACUUCGGUAUUUUUCCAGAAGAUAGUGUGAUCGAUGCUGACAACAUAAUGCGGCUGUGGAUGGCCGAAGGUUUCAUACCAAAUGGAGAAGAAAGAAUGGAGGAUGUCGCUGAAAGCUUCGUGAAUGAGCUGAUAAGACGAAGUUUGGUUCAAGUGGCAGGUACAUAUUGGGAAAAAGUUGCGAGAUGCAGGAUUCAUGAUCUACUUCGGGAUCUUGCCGUAAAAAAGGCAUUGGAGGUAAACUUCUUUGACAUUUAUGAUCCAAGAAAGCACACCAUAUCCCCCUUAUGUCUCAGACAUGCCGUUCAUGGUCAAGCACAAAGGUACCUCUCACUUGAUCUUUCUAACUUGAAGUUAAGGUCAGUUAUGUUCUUCGAUAAGUUGGAUAUUAUAAACUUCCGUAAUGGUUUCCAACAUAUACAUGUAUUGUGCUUGGAGAAUAGUUCUGCAGUACCUGAUGGCAUAGGAAGUUUGCACCAUAGUUCUGCAGUACCUGAUGCCAUAGGAAGUUUGUACCACCUUAAGUUAUUAAGAUUGAGAGGUAUCCGUGUUCUUCCCUCCUCCAUAGGCAACCUCAAGAAUUUACAGACACUUGAUGUCCAAGACUAUGGAAACCCGUGCCAACUACCUCCUGAGACAGCUAACCUAGUAAAUCUAAGACAUUUAGAGGUUCCAUAUUCAGAACCUCUGCAACAUAUAAACAAACUCACAAGUCUUCAAGUUCUUAGAGGCGUUGGUUGUGAUCAGUGGCGAGAUGUUAACCCUGUUGAUUUAGUCAAUGUUCGAGAAUUAAGCAUGUAUGGUAUUAAGAAAUCUUACUCCCUAAACAACAUUAGCAGCUUGCAAAACCUUAGCACUCUCCAAUUGUGGUGUGAACCUAAUGAAUCAUUCCCAGCCCUAGAAUUUCUUAGUUCUUGUCAAAAGCUCCAGAAAUUGGGGUUACAUGGGAGAACAGAAAAACUGCCCCCAUUUCCAAAUUCAAUCACAAUGAUGAACCUUUCUGGCUCACAACUCAAGGAAGAUCCGAUGCCUAUUCUGGGAAUGUUGCCAAACCUAAGGGAUCUCCAAUUAAGAAGAGGAUCUUAUUCAGGAAAAGAAAUUACCUGCAGUGAUAACAGCUUCAGUCAACUGGAGUUUCUUCAUCUUGGACAUCUUUAUAACCUAGAAAGAUGGGAUUUAGCCACAAGUGCAAUGCCUCUGAUUAGAGGUCUUGGUAUCCGUUACUGUGAAGAGCUAAACGAGAUUCCCGAGAGAAUGAAACACGUGGAGAGGUUCAAGCAUAUAUGAUAUCCUCUUUGAUAAUAGGAGAGGAAAAGCAACUAGCUGUUAGUGGAAAAUAAAAAGGCAGAUGCGGGUACUGUUGCGAACCACUUGAAGACAUUCACAUUGUAGAAGCAUUAAUCAGAUUUCAGGGUUGUCAAUGAGAGUUUAUCUCAAACUUGAAUAUUUUGCUUUGGUUUUCGAGUGUUUAAUUUCCUUUUAUUUUUGGUUUUAGUGAGUGUGUGGAAUUGGUUUGAAUAGAAUUGUUUCUGAGAUUCUAUGCAAGAACGAUUUCGUGAUGUUUUAAUUAACUGUUCUGCAAAUUGUGAUGUUUUAAUUAAUUGUUCUGCAAAAA